CUGUUACUAAGCGACGAUGCUGCAAUACACACAUCAGGUGCUAGGAAUAAAUUUACAUUUGAGCUAGCCACCCAUAUUUGAGCCCAUCUUUGUGCGGUUUGUGGUCCACAUUCAUUAUUCAACAACCCAGCCAUGCCUCUUCCAGACACAAUCUACUGUGCCCAGCAAAUCAACAUCCCUCCCCUGCUGCCAGACAUCCUCAAAAACUUCACCAAGGCAGCCAUCCGUACACAGCCCAAGGAUUUGCUGCUGUGGUCUGCGGCAUACUUCAGUGCGCUGUCUAAAGGGGAGUGUCUGCCUGUCAAGGACAGACUGGAGAUGAAUGUUGCCACCCAGAAGACAGACACUGGGCUGACUCCAGGUCUGCUGAAGACUCUUCAUAAACAGCUGUCCGCCGGGCAAACGUGCAGCAAAGAGGAACUGCAGAAGAAAUGGAAGGGUCUGUGUCUACCCAUGGACCAGCUUGAGACCCUGCUGUUGCUGGGCAGCUUUGGCUCAGACAUUGACUGGAUGGAGUUCUUUUCCCUGGGCUGCAGUGCUCUGGGAGGGACCCUCAUGAGUUCUCUGAAGUUUGCCUGUGAGAUCCUGACAGAGGAUGAGGAGGGCGGUGCUGCGAGGAUCCCGUUCAACACCUUUGUCAAACUCUACAGCUACUUGGCUCACCUGGACGGGGACAUGCCACAGGACCACAUUGACAACUUCCUCAGCAGCCUGCAGGCACAAGUCAACAAGCAGAACGGCAUGAUUCAGGUUUCCAGCUUCUACAUCAGCAGGAAGUGAAGGAAGGCAAGACAGAAAGCAAAGGAAGACAGGAAGGAAGGAAUAGAAGUAACAAAAGGACAGUGUUCAAUUAAUAAAUGGUCCUGCUAAUGCUCCUUCAAGCA